GAUCAUCACCAGCCCCUGUUGACGGUGAAUGAACUGAUGCACAUUGCCUGCCAGCUGAAGAUCAAGGGAAAAGCCAACUAUGCCGAAACGAUCUCGGAGGUGCUAUCAAACUUGAACCUGGACCACCGCAGAAAUGUUACGGCCGACAAACUCAGUGGAGGAGAACGGAAACGUCUAUCGAUCGCACUGGAAAUGGUGGCCAAUCCGUCGAUUUUUUUCCUAGACGAGCCGACGAGCGGUCUGGAUGAGGUGACCGCAGCUACCUGUGUGAGACUUUUCCGAGAACUUGCCAAACAGGGCCGCACGGUAGUGUGCACGAUCCAUCAACCAUCGGCCAGUAUUUUUGCCUUGUUCGAUCACAUCUACGUAAUCGCCCGGGGGAAUUGCGUGUACCAGGGCCAUCCGAAGGCAGUGGUACCGUUCCUUGCCCACAUGCACAUAGACUGCCCCAGACACUACAAUCCAGCUGAUUUUCUAAUCGAGGUAUGCGAUAGUGAAUCUCAAGAGGUGAUUCCCGCUCUGGCAGAGGUCAUCCAACAUGGUAAAGCAAUAUGCUCGAAGGCGGUGGCCCCAGCAGCCGCCAGCAACAGCCAACAACAACAGCCCGGAAAUACUGCCGAGGAGGAACCAAGCUCUCUGGAACCGGUGGACGAAUUCGUCAUCAAACCCCUCGUCACCUCCAUGAUUCUCGAGCAGCAGCGGCCCCGGGUAUCGACCCUGGUUCAGAAGAUGAAGCAAAUCACCCGCUUUUUCCACAGCCCCCAUGCCGUGUCCGGAUUCGUGCAGUUCUGUGUGCUGUUCCGGUUGAUGUGGACCAAAAUCAUGCGAAACCGUAUAGUUCUUCGGAUACAGCUAUUCCACCAUGUGCUGUGUGCUUUAAUUUUCGGACUGAUAUUCUUGAAUGCUGCCAACGAUGGGUCACGGAUGUUUGACCAGCUUAAAUUCUGUCUAGGGUUUUGUUUCUUUUUCUGCUACACACAAGUGAUGGUCCCUAUAUUGAGCUAUCCACGCGAGGUUAAGCUGGUAAAGAAAGAGUGCUUCAAUCGGUGGUAUGGACUAUUCCCGUACUACCUGGCGUUGACUCUAUCCCGGCUUCCGAUACAAGUCGGCCUGAACAUGAUCUUCACUAUCAUCGUCUACUGGUUAGCGGGUUUACCUGCCGAGCUGUUCCGUUAUACUUUAUUCACGCUGGUUGGAAUGAUCGUUUCAUUCUGUGCCGAGGGUUUUGGACUGAUGAUCGGAGCUACCUUCAACGUGAUGAAUGGAUCUGCCAUUGGACCACUGACAAUUGCACCUUUUUUGGGACUGGCGAUCUACGGUUUCGAUUUUGCAGCCUCAAUUCCUACCAUCAUGCAGUGGUUGAUGAGAAUAUCUUUCAUUCGUGGUGGAGUGGUUUCGGUCGUUUUAGUAGUGUUCGGAUACAACCGGCAACGAUUGGAAUGCAGCGAAAUGUACUGCCAUUUUGAUGAUCCCAAGGUCCUUCUGCGAUACGUCCGAAUAGACAACACGACGCUUCUGUUCGAGUUGGGGAUUCUCAUCUCGAUGACGUUGUUCUACCGAUUACUUUGCUACCUUAGCUUGCGGAGAAGAUUUUACAAAUAAAUUUGUGAUGGGAACUUGAGACCAACUGACAAACUUUAAAAUGUGAUCAUCAUUUAGAUAACUCUUGUAGGGAAAAGUUUUAACAGUUUUAGACUUGGGUAGAUAGGAAUAGCAAUAUUUAUACAUUCCAGUGGUUGAAAUAGUUUAGCAAACCAGUGAGCCAACUUUUCAGUUUAACGAAAUGUUAAGUGAUAUCUCUUUUAAUAAAACAGCAAAACACAACCUUCUGUGCUCAAAAUAGUUUUUGUACUUAUACAAAAAUGAUACAAAUUCAGCAACUGAAAGUAUAAUAAAAUAUAUUAAA